UGAGGGCGCAAAGAAAAAAUCCGUCACUUCUGGGCGGGAAACAAACUUCUGGUUUUCCAUCGGCUAAAAUAUGUUUCCUCUAAUAUUCUUGGUGUUCGUAGUGGCUAUAAAGGUUUUCAAAAAGACGACCCCAAAUGGCAAGGUCACAGUGUAUCUUGGAAAAAGGGACUUUAUCGAUCACUUGGAUAAUAUCGAUCCAAUCGAUGGGGUCAUAGUCGUCGAAAAUGAUUAUCUCCAAGGGAGAAAAAUCUACGGUCAGGUUGUGACAACCUAUCGAUAUGGUCGAGAGGAAGAUGAAGUAAUGGGUGUGAAGUUUAGCAAGGAACUAAUCCUGUGUCGAGAACAGAUUGUGCCAGCAAAAAAAGAAAAAAUUGAAACAACCCCAAUCCAAAAUCGAUUGCUGAAGAAAUUGGGACAAAAUGCUUAUCCAUUUGUCUUCCAUUUCCCUCCAAAUGCUCCAAGUUCUAUUACCCUUCAACCUGGUGAUGACGAUCAGGGAAAACCUCUUGGAGUCGAAUAUGUCGUCAAGGUGUAUGUUGCAGAAAACGAGGAAGACAAGGGACACAAAAGAUCAGCAGUUGCUCUUGCAAUAAAAAAAUUGCAAUAUGCUCCACCAACUCGUGGACGCAGACUUCCCAGUUCUCUUGUUUCGAAGGGAUUUACAUUUUCCCAGGGAAAAAUCAAUUUGGAGGUGACAUUGGAUAGGGAAAUUUAUUAUCAUGGGGAGAAAGUAGCUGCCAAUAUCAUUAUUACUAACAACUCACGAAAGUCUGUCAAGAAUAUUAAAAUGUUUGUCGUUCAGCAUUGUGAAGUGACGAUGGUAAACGCUCAAUUUUCUCGACAUGUAGCCAGUCUAGAAACCCGAGAAGGUUGUCCAAUUACUCCUACUUCAUCUUUUACGAAACAAUUUUAUCUUGUUCCUUUGGCUAGCAGCAAUAAGGAUCGACGUGGAAUUGCACUCGAUGGUCAUCUCAAGGAGGACGAUGUAAAUCUUGCGUCUUCGACGAUGGUCGCAGAAGGAAAAAGUCCAGGAGAAGCAAUGGGAAUCGUAAUUUCCUAUUCCGUUCGAGUGAAAUUAAAUUGUGGAACCCUGGGUGGAGAAUUAGUUACUGACGUUCCAUUCAAACUUAUGCAUCCCGCUCCAGGAUCCCUCGAAAAGGAACAAGCCUGUCUAAAAAAGACUAAGAGCAUGGACAGAUCUCGCUACGAAAACUCCUGUUACGCAAACGACGACGACGACAACAUCGUCUUCGAGGAUUUCGCCCGUCUCCGUCUGAACGAGCCUGAAUAAAUUCUACAGACUCAACCCAAAUUGUGAAUGAUACCGCGAUGACCAAUACCACGAAAUCUCAAUUGCCAUCGGAGAAAGCGCCAACACAUCCGAAAAUUCGAUCUGUGUUAUCUGCCACGAGCGACAAACCCCCAUGACGCCUAUACGAAUUGUGAAAUUCUUAUUUUUUUAAAACUGAUUUAAAAAUUUCACCAGAAAAUGAUACUAAUAAUGUAAAAAAAAAAGAGAAAAACACCAUAAAAAUUGAGUUACCAUCACCCCCGAAUUUCAGCUCGAUAGUGGUGGUCGGUCCGAAAUUCAAUUGGGGGUGAGCAAAAAAAUAUAUUUUCAAGUAAGUUUAAAUAAUUUUCUGUAUCUA